AAAAGGGCACAGACCGCUCUCGUCCGCUAGAGACAUCAAUGAACCAUCAACGCACCAGCUCAGAGUCUGUCCAUAUUAUUAUGCAGUAUAUAAACAUGGCGGUUUAUCUACAUGCCUCAGCUCGAAAAGAUCUAUAUUUAGAUGACAUGUUGUAGAGCAUCUCUUCGAAAGGUAAAAGGGAAACCGUCUUGUCGUGAUUUAGGUUAUUAUAGGGAAUAUACAAUAUAGGUUUUCUCUAUGCAUAAUCUGUAUCCAUAAAAAAAUCAACCAAAAUGCAAAGACCGGGCACUGGCGAAAACGGAUCGAACUAACCAAAAAGAAUAGCAUCGGAAAAAAUAUGGGAUACAAGGAACGCCAACCUGGAGGGCAAAACAAGGCUUUCCACCAUCGCUCGCCAGUUAUUUUUUACCAGAUCCCAGGGGCUGCCAUGGAUCGUGUUAGCCUACUCUGGAGGUUGAGACGUCGGGCCCGUCGAGGAGCCCUGUGCAUGGCUCUGUUCUGUAUGACUAUGGCUCUCCUGUACACCUUUUGCGCUGAAAACAGCAUACCUGUCACAGAUGCCAUUUUUGGCGUGAAGGCGAGAACUCGAGCUCAACCAAGAGCACACACAAUUGUUAAGGUAUUGCGGGGAACAGGAGGGUCAAAACCCAUGUAUACUGACCCUCAAAAGCUCCCAGGUGUCAUUCCUGGAGAUCCUCAGAAGCCUAUUCCCAUCCUGUCAUCUUCUAACUACUCAAUGGAGAGCAGUUCCAAGGACCGCAGCCUCAGGGGAAAAAGAAGAGAGCAUGGGUUAUUUUACUGGCUUUUGGCGCAACCGCUGAGACGUGCUUUAGAGACUAUUUUUGGAGGCCAACGGAGAGGAGAGGGUGCCUCAAGUGGGGAUGCUGUUGUUUUUGGGCCUAAUGGAGCACUCGGAGAAGUCUGGAAUGAGGAGAUGUCAAGCACCAUGCUGGGAAAAAGGCUGAGGAAGGUGGUGCAGAACUACCAGGCAAUGAAUAAAUAUGGAGUCAAGUACCCUGGACCUGCAGCACAUCGUCCCAAACUCAGUGGCCCUGAACUUCUUUGUCAAAUCAAGGAGAUGGUUCAGAUUACAACUUUAACACCGGAUAUGGAGCCCUUUUCUGGUUUGCCCUGGGCCUCUCAGUUACCUCUGCAUCAAAUAACCACUGAUAUUGGCCCAUUUAAGACCUGUGCAGUGGUAUCAUCUGCAGGUUCUCUCAAAAACUCUGGAUUAGGAAAGGAAAUAGAUACACAUGAUGCGGUGAUACGGUUCAAUGCCGCACCGACAACAGGCUUUGAGAAAGAUGUGGGCUCUAAAACAACAGUGCGACUGAUCAAUUCCCAGGUAAUGGCAUCUGAAGACCACCAUUUCCUCUCCAGUUCUUUGUACAGUGCAGGGAUUUUAGUGAGCUGGGAUCCUGGCCCUUAUUCGUCUGAUCUACGGGAGUGGUUCAACAAGACAGAUUACCCAAUAUUUAAACAGUAUCAGCGAUAUCGACGCUUACACCCUCAACAGCCAUUUUAUAUUAUACACCCACGGAUGGAAUGGCAGCUGUGGCAGCGAAUACAAGACAAUAUGGACGAGACUAUACAAAAAAACCCACCCUCAUCGGGCCUGCUGGGCACAGUUUUAAUGAUGUCCCUCUGUGAAGUGGUACAUGUGUAUGAGUUCCUGCCUUCGCGACGGAAAACUGAGCUGUGCCACUACUACCAGCGCUUCAGUGAUGCUGCCUGCACCCUAGGUGCCUACCACCCAUUAUUAUACGAGAAGAACCUGGUAAAGAGGAUGAACCAGGGGUCUGACCGUGACAUCUAUACAUAUGGCAGAGUCACUCUCCCUGGGUUCAUUAAAUUUAACUGCACCCAUAGCUCCACUUCCAACACUCAGUCAAAGACAUAAUUUGAGGGUGAACUGAUUUUCUUGGUACACUCUCAGAAUGUAACAGUAAAGCGCAUGAUUUAGUCUACAACUACAACAAGUAUUCAGUCU